AUGGCGAACCAAGAGUCGAACAACCCCGAGCCAUGGAACAACCUAGAGGGUAAGGUGAUUUUGGUCACUGGAGCGUCCUCAAGUCUCGACCGAGAAUUGUGUCUCAACCUCGCUCGAGUCGGCUGCAAGAUCGUCGCGGUGGCUCACAGGACAGAUCGACUCAAGUCUCUCUGCGACGAGAUUAACCAUCCUGCAUUUUCUGGCUCUCCUUUAAACCCUAACACCACUGUCCGAGCAGUGGCCGUGGAAUUCGAUGUCACCGCUGAUGACCCUACCAUCGAUGCGUCCGUGCAUAAAGCUUGGGACGGGUUUGGACGCAUUGAUGUUUUGAUAAAUAAUGUCGGCUUUAGAGGUACUGUGAAAAAUUCAUUGGAGUUGGACGAGGAAGAGUGGGGUGAGGGUAUGAAGACGAAUUUAAAUGGAACAUGGCUGGUGUCGAAACAUGUAUGUAGACGGAUGCGUGACGGGCAUCAAGGAGGAUUAUGCAAAUUAUACGUGGUUACCACAAAAUUGGUUUUUGUUUUUCAAAUGUGAACAACACAGGUCAUGGCCAUAGAAUUUGGGAUGUACAAUGUGAGGGUAAACGCAAUAUCACCUGGACUCUUCAAAUCAGAGAUAACAGAGGGCUUACUACAAAAAAGUUGGCUGAAUAAUGUGACUCUAAAAAUGGUUCCUCUACAAACAUUUGGCACCUUGGAUCCUGCAGUGACCUCCCUGGUGCGAUUCUUGGUUCAUGAUUCUUCUCGAUAUAUUACAGGCAAUAUUCUUAUUGUUGAUGCAGGCAGUUCUCCCGGUAUCCCAAUUUUCUCUUCCCUUUGA